CGCGGGAAAGCAUAUCUGCUUGAAACGCGACCGCGCAGCUUAUACAUUCACUUUUCGACAUGUUUCAACUGAGUCCUAUUAAUUGCCCUUCCACCGCCCUCAGCGUUCCAAGCUCGCGCCCUCGCCGCCACAGUGUUUGGAGAGCUACCGGACGGCAUUCGCGCCUGAACACUAGUUUACUCAAAACCCGCUCAUACGGAAACGAUUACAGUGAAUUGCAGCAGCUGGAGCUGGCGUCGGCGGGCGAUGCCGGAGGGGAGCUGCCCCUCAACGGGGGCUCUCCUCUGAUUGGAGCCCUUGGCUCCGAUGAUGAUGCGCCCGAGGCGCGGACCAGUGCCGGCCCAGCGGCUGCCCCUCCCAUCAUUAAAGUGACUGGGGAGCUGCGGCGUAAGGCUUGGGCCUUGAGCUCGGUUUUGAAGGUGUUUGUGAGCAAGGUGGACCCGAACUAUGCGCAGCCAUGGCAGAUGUGCCCGCAGCGCACCAGUACCGGCAGCGCCUUUGUGCUCGACACCAAAAAGCGCCAGAUCCUCACCAACUCCCACGUGGUGUCGAAUGCCACGGCGGUGUACGUGCGGCGGCCGGGCGCGGCGCGCAAGUUCAAGGCAGAGGUGGUGUGCGACGGCAAGGUUUGCGACCUGGCGCUUCUGACGGUGCGCGACGACGCGUUCUGGGCCGCGGAGCUGCGCGGACUGGAGUUCGUGGACGUGCCGGAGCUGCAGAGCCCCAUCGCCGUUGCGGGAUACCCAGUUGGCGGUGACAACAUCAGCGUCACCAAGGGCAUCGUGUCCCGCAUAGCGCUGGUGCGGUACUCGGCCACCGCUCGCCUGCUGUCCAUACAGAUCGAUGCGGCGAUCAACCCAGGGAACAGCGGCGGCCCGGCGUUCGCGGACCUGGAAGGCGGCAAGGUGGCAGGCGUGGCGUUCUCUAAGAACGUGUCCUCCUCCACGGACAACAUCGGCUACAUCAUCCCCUACCGCGUGGUGCGGCACUUCCUGGAGGACGCCGAGAGCCACGGAACGUACCGUGGCGUACCGUCCCCGGGCUUCUUCACACAGGACCUCGAGAACCCCGCGCAGCGGGCGUACCUCAAGAUGCCCGAGGGCGUGUCGGGCGUGAUGGUGGUGAAGACGGACCCGCUGUCGGCGGCACACGGGGCGAUCCAGAAGAACGACGUGGCACUGGAGGUGGACGGAGUGCCCAUCGCGGAUGACGGCACGGUGGAGUUCCGCGAGGACGAGCGGCUCGAGUUCAGCGCCAUCAUACGCGCCAAGCACGUAGGAGAGCAGGCGCACAUCAAGCUGCUGCGGGACGGACAGGAGCUGUGCGUGAGCUACGAGCUGCGGGCCAAAGACCACCUGGUCCCGGUGCUGGACGCAGUGGACGCCGUGCCCUCCUACCUCAUUGUGGGAGGCCUGGUGUUCGUGCCCUUGUCCAGCCCCUUCCUGGAGAUGGUGUUCGGGGGCGGCGGCGGCCGCCGCAGCCGCCGCGCCGACAUCCCCGUGCCGGUGUUGGCGGCGCUGAACCAAAACAAGACGCGCAAGGGGCAGCAGGUGGUGCUGCUGGUGCAGGUGCUGGCGCACGAAAUUAACCACGGCUAUCGCUACAGUGUGGUGCCGUGCGAGUCGUUCAACGGCACGCGGCUGCACAGCCUGCGGCACCUGGCGCACCUCGUGGACAACUGCGAGCAGCCCUUCCUCAACUUCGGGCUGGAGGGCGGCCGACUUAUCACGCUCGCGACCGCGGACGUGCGGGCCGCGGGGCCGCAGAUCCUGUCUACCAACGCAAUCGCCUCGGAUCGAUCGCCGGACAUGGCUCUGCCCAAGCCCGAAGACGAGGACUGGGACGCGGCCGCUGCGGACACCGUUGACGAGAACCCCGUAGGGGGGCCAACAGGCGGCGACAGCGACGGCGACGGGUAGGCGGUAGGCGGACGUGGCGGGCAGGAGGAGCUUGUAAAGCCGUUGAGGGAGGCGCAGAGGGCUGGGGAUCAGGGCUGGGGUGAGAGCAGGGGCGCUGCUAAAGGCCUGGGCGAGGAUGGUGCUGAAGAGGAGGCUUGUGCACUGCGGCCGGGGUUCGUGGUUGCAUGGCUAUGGUGCCUCGGGCUUUUUGGCCUGAGAUACAGACACGGGUUGUGACGCCGGCUGCUGAGGACCGUAGGCGGUCAGUGUGACUCUCAGGGUCGGACGCAGCUGCGGCUGCGGUGGCUUGUGUGAGGGGAUGCGUGUGGGCGUGUGGCACACUGGCACGGCUACAUGGUGCGCGGGCGUUGUGGGUGAUUGCGGUUUGUUUUAGCGUAGUGGCUCAUUGCCGGAAAACGGUGGACCUAUGGUCGAGUUUAAAGUGCGAACGCAACCCGUUCUUGAAGUUAAGUGUAUUGCAUCCCAUUUUGACUGCGCAUGCAUUGAGCACUGGCUGGUUAGGGUGGUCAGGGGUUACAGGGACCGCAGGGACUAACGGUCAUCGGGUCAUGUGACGCUCUGGCACCCUGGCGUUGGCAGGCGUUGGCGGCUUGGCGCGCGCAAUCAAUUGAGCUGGCACACGGGUGCGUGCAGCAACAUGGCUGCCGGGCUGUGUGGGAAAUUGGGGAAGGGCUUGGACACUUUCAGACGGCCCACCGCGAGGGCUGACCUGGAAAAUUUCAAAAACAGUGACGA